AUGCGCUGGACCUCUUGGUCGAUAGCUGUGCAGGUUAUCCUUCUCGCAUCGGCAGAUCACCACACACCCGUCACCUCGGAGCAAGCCCACCCCGUCAACACCACGUACACCAACCAUGCGCUUCACCCCAUGUUCAGAUACAUCCCCCGACAGGAGUGGCCGCGCGACCCUUCCGAUGGUUGGAACUUCUCGUCGACCGUGGGCCGCGCAUCGUCGUACACGCCGCCCGAGCGCCGCCUCGCCUACCCUCUCACUUCCUUUCCAGACGCCGAAGUGUCGGACAACUUUUGGGGUAACGGUGUCACUCUGAGCGGGUGGGCGGCCAGUGGCACUGCAAUCAUGCUUGGAAUCAAUGACGGCCAAGCCCGCAGGAUCGUCUUCGCGAGCGAGACGGAGGGGGAGCUUGGGAGCGUGAGGGUCGCUGAGAACGGCUGGCGCACCUUCAAGCUCACGCUCGUUCAGGGGAGCGUGCAGCUCACCAACGUCACGUACCACCAGACGCUUGACCUGGCUUAUCCAUCUCAAGAGCAAGCUCCGGAACGGACCAUCAAGGCUGUCAACGACGACGGCACGACCAUCAAUCCCUUCUUCGAUCUGGAGGGAGAGAUGCGGGCACAGGAUGGAGGUGGGUCGCAUGCAUUAGCAUCGGUUGAGCUGACAACGGCAGACAUCGUUGGAGAGGGUCCAGUCGUCGCCAUGUCCCCUGAAGCCCGUAUCUCGUUCCGGACUUGGCCAAACGCCACAAUGGUGAGGCUUCUCGGCCAAGUUGGCAGGCAAGGUGGCAUUGUCGCCUUUGGUCUGGUUCCAGAGCCUGUCGGGGCGAGCAUCGUCACGGCGGACGUGUUGAGGUCCCAUGACUACUAUAUGGAUGUCGGAUACUUCCUCAUCGACCCUAAGGCAAGGUUCACCGUCAACGUGAAGAACUACCAUGCCAGCAGCAAAAUCUACUUCCGUGGUGUCAACUUUCUCCUGGCUUCAGACGACGGUUUGAAUUGGGACCCGACGACGGAUACUCUGUGGGGACCUAGCAACAGUAGUAGCAAUGGCACCUCCAGGAAAGGAGGCGGCCAGGGUGAUAGCAGCGACGAGAGAAGUGGAGCAGAACAAGAGAGUAUCAAGCGCACCAACGUAGGGGCGAUUGUCGGCGGCGUCAUCGGCGGACUCCGCCUGUUCCCCAACCGUGCCAUUCCUCCUCCUCAAGCCGGCGAAUUCACGGUGGACGAGAAUGUGCUUGACGUGACGGAGACGGCCGCAGACCCCGUCGUGACGCCUCUCCCCGCCCCAGCAUUGGCGCCCGCCUCAAGUUCAGGAUACAACCAGUACGGCUUCCUGCCUAGCAAGGAGGAGACACAGCAGGGUCUGUCGGCCGACAGAGACGGAGGGUCGAAUGCGGAGAAUGCAGAGGAGCACCCCGCAGUCGAGGACGACGCUGGUCCCGUGCCCUUCCGCACUGCUCGUGCGGACACGCUGCCUCCGACCUACAACCCGGCGUGGGCGGACACGGGCUUCAAUGCAUCGGAAAUCGGUCCUUUAGACACCUCAUCCUCUAGCCCGAUGCACGAGGAGUACAAGGCGCUCGCGUCCUCUGAUCCCGGCUCUGGCACAUCGCAAGGUGGAGUUGGGCUUCGUUCGGAGGCGCCGCCCCUCCCCCCUACGACCAAGUUCUGA